AUGCCUAACCUCAAGACUUUCGCUACUCUAGCCGCCCUGGCGACCUUUUCGCUCGCCGUCCCGAUCCUACCUUUACUAGCCAAUCCGUUCGGCACCAUUGUGCCCGCACCCCUCGGCGCCGACAAGGAUGGUGAACACCCCACCGUCGUCGUCGACACGCACAAGGUGUUGUCCGGUGGCAAGGAGUGCAAGGUGUGGCACCUUGGCCAAGACGGCGCCAAUAUCACCCCUGAAUGCCGUCAGUGGGUCACCGACGCCGACGACUCCACUAGCAAUCACGUCAUCGUCGAGAUCCAGACGGUCAAACUUGCUGAUGAGAAUGCUGUGUGUGAGAAGUGGCAUGUUGAGAGUCAUGAGAACCUCAUCACACCUAUUUGCGGCGAGAUCAAGCAGGAGCCUGGAUUCGGUCCCUCCGAUGUCGAAGAUGUGGGGGUCCUUAUAACACAUCUACAACCGAAGCGGGAUGAGUCGGAUGUGUCCAGUGAGGUCGUCCACGCCCGCUCUAUUACCGAAGACCUCCUCCACCUCGUCAAAGGGACCAAACAAGCUGGCAUGGAUAUUGCUGAUGAAACGAUCGAUAUUGCGCGUGGUGCGGUCGGUGCCAUGUUGCCUGAUCACAGUGACAAGUCCAAGAGGUCUGAGGAAGGCUCAAAGAUCAAGCCAGCAAAAAUUAUCCAUGACCUCGUCGAGACGGUCAAACCUCUGCAACCACUCCCGUCCCUCGAAGAAGUUCAGAACAUGGUCGCCCACAUCAAGGACAAGAAUCCAGGCCUCGUCCACUUCCUCGUCCGCCUGGCCCACAGCGAUAUUCUCAAGGAGAAGCUGUGGAAGCAAGAUCCCAAGAUGACCUUGGCAUUGGACGGAAUCGCCGAAUGGGUUGGAGACACCGCCGACACCAUGAAAGCCGCCCAGAUCGCACGUGAGCAGAACGACGACGGCAUGAUUGCCAUGACCGAGCCUGCUCUUCGUAUGUUGAUCGGCCUGGAGAAGAAGGGAGACGAGGAUGGUGACGAGCGUGUUUACAAGGAGUUUGCCAGCGUUGAGGCCGCUGACGAUGUGAUCCGGAAAGCGGAGGAGAAGGUUCGCGAUGAGGCCAUGAAGGAUAAGGUGCAGCACUUGCAAGACGAUGGUCACUUUGGUGUGUUCCCGCCUGUCGGCACACUCAACGCCGACAAGGCCGCAGUAAUCGCAGGUCGUGACGUCGCCGCCACCGCAACAACCUCCGCCAAAGCAGCUACCGCUCAACGAGCCAUCGAUGCCAUCCUCUACUUAAGGGCCCGGAAAGCUGUGGAUGGUCCCGAUGUUGCUGUCAGCCUCGAAGUCGAUACCCGACCGGCCGCAGAGAGACUCGCCGACCUCGUUGCAAAAUUGGAGCCACUCCCCUACCUCGGCGAGAUCCUGCCCAUGACCGCCAGCAUCAACAAGAUGGUCCCCGGCGCCGCCGUCAUCCUCGCCCGCGUGAAGGACAGCCCGAUCCUGCAGCAAAUCAAGACCCAGCCGGAGAAGACCGUCGUCCGUGAAGUUACCGCCCUCGGCUCCCUCUUCGCCGACCCCCACGCCUUCCUCGAGACCGCGAAGCAAGCCCGCGCGUCCAUCGCCGCCGGCAACCUCACCAUCACCGAACCUACCUUCGCCAAUCUCCUGAGCGGCUACCACAAUCUCACCAACCGAGCCACUCUCGACGACCUCCCCCGAGUCAUCACCAACGCCACCUACGCCGCCGAAGUCAUGACCGAGCUCGAAGAAGACGUAGCAGCGCAUGGAGCGAAUGACAGCGACCAUCACGACGACAGGCUGCAGCGUCGUGUCCUACCUCUCGGGGUCCUCUACGCCACUUUUAUAGUCCCUAGCCUUUUGGGCGCUAUGGUCGGGGGCAUUAUAAAAUCUGUCGGGUAG